AUGGCACCUCCGAUAUCAAUGGCUGGCUCCUCCACAAUGACGGCUGUCGAACUUCCAUCGGCUUCUACAUUAAAAUCACCUCAAAACGCUUUAGCAUCUACCACAGCGAUUUCAAGCGAAUCACAUACAUCAACAUCAGCAUCGGAAACAGGAUCCUUCAACUUCCCAAAGCAGGCAUCUUUGAGCAACUCGGCUCCUUCCUUUGUUUCUGACUCGGCUGUCGACGGUGCUGAUGCAAGCGCAAACGCUUCGGCAUCUUCACAAGCACAAUCAGAGAGUCUGCGAACAGAAGGCGUAAUAGUCCGUCAGACAGGCCAGAUCUCGCCACUCGCAAAGCAAAUGAGAGCAGCAACAGCUUCAUCAUCACAACGAGAUCCACAAGCACCGCAACAAAGAUCUUACCAGAUCGACGCGCAUUUGCAAACCUUGCAAGAAGCCGGUCUUAGUCUUGGUGCUGCAUUCCGCCCACCUUCACCUUCAUCAGCUCCUCCGCUCACUCUUUCAUAUCGCUCUAGGCCCGAACCCGCUCACUUCCCAAGCUUUGCCGCACUACUUGAAUCGCUACCCAAACCAUCGCGUCAUGUACCAUCUCAAUCUCAUACCCUAGCAUCAAGAACAUCGGAAAGCACACCAGCACCUUCGUCCAUUUCCACUCACCCAUCGUCUCCGUUAGAUUCCGAACAUCCCGAUCUCUCUGCAUCUACCCUCACCGAAGCCACUAGCAUCGCAGCCAACGAUACUCGAGCUGCUUCCGAUGACGCCUCAGUGGCAUCCACAUCCACCAGCACACCUCAAACGCCUGCUCCCAAAGUCAAUGCCUGGGGCGCUCCCAAGUCGUGGGCCGAUACCCUUGGACGUGGUGGCCUCAGCGCCAAAGGUCCUAUCGGCAUUAGCGUCAAUGUGGGCAACGAAGCUUCAUCGGCUGCUUCUCAAGUCGGCUCUCCCACAAUCUCUCGAUCUCCGAAGGCAACAAAUGGCAAGAAGUCUGCACGCAAGUCUGGCGCCGCCCAAAGCAAACCCACCGUUCAGAGCCUUGAGCGCAUGCUCUCGGACGCACAUACUCGCUUCGAUGCUCCCGUCACUCACCCUCGAGGCCUCGUCAACAAGGGAAACUUCUGUUUCGCCAACGCCAUCUUGCAGACUCUCGUCUACUGUGCGCCCUUCUACAACCUCUUCAACUUGAUUGCAAGGCAAGUGCCUGCUGACUUUGGCAAUGCUACUCCGCUCAUGGAAGCCGUCAUCCACUUCCUUCGCGAGUUCCUCCCUGCUGAUGCAGCCAAUGCCAUCGAUUCGCCUUUUCCAGGUCACGGCGGCUCUGCUGCUGCUGCUUCCGAACCUAUCCUUCCCGAAUACGUCUACGAUGCUAUGCGACUCAACAAGCGUUUUGACCAGAUGCGUCGAGGCCACCAGGAGGACGCAGAAGAGUUCCUCGGCUUUUUCCUCGACACCUUGCAUGAGGAGCUCAUCGCAGCACAGCGUAAGUCUGCCAUCAAGCUUGCUCAGUCCGCGGGUGGUCCAAAUGGUCUUUUGGCAAAGAUGUCUGAGGAGGAGAAGAAGCUCAACGGUGUCUCCGACGACGAUCUGAGGCGUCUUGGUGUUCGUGUCGGCAAGCAGGGCGCAGCAGGAGAUGCGCUCGGCUUGGAUCUCGAAGCGGUACUUGACGAGAAUGAGAUCAUUGAGCGUGAAGUCAUGCGUCCUGUCAGUCCAUCCGAAGAGGGAUGGAUGGAAGUCGGUCAAAAGGGCAAGACUGCCUACACUCGAACCACUUCAACCUCGGAAUCCCCCAUCACUCGCAUCUUUGGCGGAAAGCUUCGUAGUGUGCUCAAAACGCCUGGUGCUAAAGACAGUGUUACCCUCGAGCCGUAUCAGCCUCUCCAGCUUGAUAUCCAGCCCGCUCACGUGCAGUCGAUCGAGGAUGCGCUGUUCCACCUCAACGAGCCUGAGACAAUUCCUGGUGUCUGGUCGCCUUCGCGUGGUGCAGAGGUAGAUGCCACCAAGCAGGUGUUUAUCGAGUCGCUCCCUCCCGUGCUUGUAUUGCACUUGAAGAGGUUCAUCUACGAUGAGAUUGGAGGCGUGCAGAAGAGUCAAAAGCCGCUCAGCUAUGGAACUACGCUCGAGAUUGCACCUGAGGUGUUGAGCCCUGCAAUGCGGGCUCAAGGUCGGCCGAGGUACAGGCUGUUCGGCAUUGUUUAUCAUCACGGUCGUUACGCUUCGGGUGGUCACUACACGGUGGAUGUCUUGCGACAGGACGGUCACUCGUGGUUGCACAUUGAUGAUACGCUGUAUCACACCGUGCCCACCGAGCAUGUUGUUAGGAAUGCUGCAUCACCUGUCAAGGACUACGGUCACGACGGAUUGGCAUACUUGCUUUUCUACCGACGAGAGUCGGCAGCGGAGGCAGAGGCGGCGGCUAACAAGCAGGCUGUCGGCGCACCAGCAGCUGCAACAAAGGCAAACACUGGUGCUUUGGUCAACGGUAUUCACGCGGCACCCUUCACGGCAGCGACCGCAGCCAAGGUCACACCAGCAGCACCAGUAAAGGUCAAACAACAGCAGCAGAAGAGAGCGGCUGGCACAAAAACUCCUAACGGAGCAGCAAAUUCGACAGCUUCAUCCCCUCGUAUUGCUCACGCCUCGCCAAAGGUCGCUUCUGCUGCCAAGGCCGCUCAGCCUGCAAAGAGGGUCGUCCCUGGCUGGGACAAGUAA